AUGGCCACUACAGAAGAAUCGUUAGACGGAAUAAUAUCCAGUGGCCCUGAGGAUACAGAUAUUUGCAGCCAAUCAACAACUGCGAAUGCAGAAUGCGCAGGCCAAUCACUAAAAAGUGAAAGGAAAACUUCGACGGGCCUACAACUGGAACAACUGGCCAAUACGAAUCUACUAACUAUAAGAAUCAAGUGGAAACUGCAGGACGAGAAUGAUCACUGCAAGUCCACAAUAGCUGAUCACAUAAUGGACACAAUACAGCAUCACAAAGGUAUCUCUGUUAGCAACGCUGAUACGGAAGCAUAUGAGUUCCUUCCGGAUGUAAAAAGGCUGCAGAUUCUCGAGGAAAACAAAGAUACCUAUCUUUUCGAGCAUGGAACUCAAGAAUACGAGAAGUCUGACGAAGAAAGCGAGCAAGGAGACGAUUGGAAAUACGACGCCGUCUUACAAGCACACUUCAAGUAUCCAAAGUCCUUAGAAAACACAUGCGCAGAUGUGUCUGAGUUAUUGAAAAGCGAAGGCAAUGGACAAUACAUUGCCAAAUGGUCUAUAGGAGUAAACAAGCAUGCAUUGACUUACCCUGGAAAUAUUUUUGUCGGUGGAAUUGCAAAGGGCUUGUCUAUGGGCGAACUGAGUUUCCUCUUCUCAAAAUAUGGGCCGGUUUCGUCGAUGAAAUUGAUCUACGACAAGACGAAAGGGGACACUAACGGAUACGGCUUCUUUUCUUACCCAUUGGGGUCUCAAGCCUCAGUUUGCAUCAAAGAACUUAACGGUAGUACGGUAAAUGGAUCUACGCUAUUUAUCAAUUACCAUGUUGAAAGGAAAGAAAGAGAGAGGAUUCACUGGGAUCACGUUAAAGAAAAUAACAAUGACGACAAUUUCAGGUGUCUUUUUAUCGGAAAUUUGCCCUACCAUAACCCCGACAAAGAGGAGGCUUUGAUUACACCAAAGGAAGUCAUAGAUGUGAUUAAGAAGGAGCUAUCUCGAAAUUUUCCGGACUUUGACAUUAUUUCGUAUUACUUCCCAAAGAGAAGUAAUACGAGGAGUAGUAGUUCCGUCAGCUUUAAUGAUGAAGGGUCUAUAGAUUCGAGCAAGUUUUCCCUGAAUGCAAACGGACCUGCCCAAGAUGAAGACAUGUUAAAGGGCUAUGGUUUUAUCAAACUUAUCAACCACGAACAAGCCCUAGCAGCCAUUGAAACAUUCAAUGGUUACAUGUGGCAUGGAAACAGACUUGUUGUUAAUAAAGCCGUCCAACAUAAAGUUUAUAAUAAUCACAAUAGCCAUGACAAGCAGUUUUCCAUCAGUAAUCAUAAUGAUAUGGAAGGCUUGGAAUUUGCCAAUAAUCCAAUGUAUGAUUACAAUAAUUACACCUAUGAUAAAUACUACUUCACCAAUAAUAAAAAUGGGAGCAAUAAUGAUACUGCCAAUGUGCGGUAUUUUGAUUCCGUAAGAUCGACUCCUGCGACAGAGAAAAUGGACCUCUAUUACCCUCAAAGAGAAUCUUUCAGCGAGGGCCGUGGCCAACGUGUACCAAGGUUUAUGGGCAACAAAUAUGACAUGUACCAAUACCCAUCGACCUCUUAUAGCUUACCUAUACCAAUGAGUAACCAGCAAGAAUCAAACCUUUACGUCAAACACAUUCCUCUGUCUUGGACAGAUGAAGAUUUAUAUGGAUUCUACAAAACUUUCGGCGAAAUAAUCAGCGUUAAAGUCAUCACUGUUGGCGGCAGCAAGAAUAAAUACCGUCAACAAUCAAAUGAUACUUCCUCGGAUAGUGACUUGCCGGUGGGGUCAUCAAGAGGCUACGGUUUCGUUUCUUUUGAAAGCCCAUUAGAUGCGGCUAAGGCCAUCCUGAAUACAGAUGGAUAUCAAGUAGGUAAAGAUCAAGUGUUAUCUGUCUCAUUUGCGCAAAAGCGUGGCAAUUUGUCUUCAAGCGAUGACGACGAGCAGCCUCAGACAGAUAAUCCUUCAAACUACCAAGGUUCCCAACCGCAUCAUGAAUAUCAUAAAACGUAUUCAACGAAGUAUAAUAAGAAAUUUAUGAACGCCCUCAUGAGCCAGAACCACUCGCAACAACAAGUCUCGAGAGAAAAUUAUUUCAUGCCGCUGCAGUAUCGUAAUACUGGUGCGAAGGCCGUGAACAGUUAUAACAUGAUAAACGCAAACCAAAAUAACCCCAAUUGGAUGAUGCCGAUGUUCCCAUCAUUUGGUUUCAUUCCGCAAGUGCCGCCGGUACCUUACAUGAUGCCUCCACAAAGUUCGAUGGCAAAUCAUAUUCCUAUAACGGCUAACGGUGGCGAAGAAGAAGAAUUUUCAAAUGGUGAUUAUUCUAUGGACUUCUAA